GAGCUGAUUUUAUUUUAUUUCCCCCCUUAGGGACAGGACCAAUGGUGCUGCUGUUAGUAGCAACUGGACAUUUAGUUUUGUUUUUGUUCAAACCAGAUAUUUGGUCAAGUAGUGAAACCUGAGAAAAACAUAUUUUUUCGCGUAAUAAUGUGACGUUAUUCUCGUGAAAAUACUGUUUUUUCGUAAUAGUUCGGCUUUACUCUAAUAAAUCUUACAACCCCAUUUUAUUAAAUUGACAAUCUGAUUUCAACAAGUUAGCUCAAUGUUCUAAAAAAAAAAAACUUUUGCUGCUUUUGCUUUGCCGCGCCAUCCUGCAAUAACUCCAUACCUCCACUAGAGGGCACAUCCCCCACUUUAGUAGACUCUCGGCCGGCGCGUGGAUGCUUGUAGUUUCAGUGAGGUGUAAAGGACUACAACUCCCACAGUCACAGGAAGCGCAGAAGGAGGCGGAUCCUCUCAGCCUCUGACCGCAGCAGCAGCAGCGGCGGCGGCAGCAGCAGCUGGUGCAGCCGAGGAGGAGACUUUGUCAACGCGGAGCCAGCGGAGGAAAACGUUUAAACCGAGUCUGUUGGAAUAAAAAAAAAAGUACAGUUUGGAGGAAACGUCUCCGGUUCGGGUUAGACUUUGGCCGCUGGUUGGCGAACACUCCGGCCGGUGCUAAGUUGAAGUUUGGGUAGAAUUUGAUCGGUUUCUCACUCAAAGUUGAGCCGAAGAAGAGUUCUCUCAUUCAGGAUGUCGGAGUGAGACAAAGGGGUCUGGGGUUGAUUCCCGUCGCAGCGGUCCAAGUUGAUUCUAGAAUUCUCCCCUGGAUGGGAAAGAUGGAGAGGGAGCUGCAAUGGUGGAAAGGACAGCUGGCUGCAGAUAUCCAUCAGUCCCUCCGCAUCAAGGAGUUGAAAUUACCGGUCUACCGGGCCCACUCUCCGCAGAUCGGCAUGCGACGGUACUUUGCCGACCUGCUGGCCAUCCUCAGUAACCGCUACCAGCUAUGUCCCACCGCUCGUCACCUGGCAAACAACAGGUUUUGUUUUGCUGCAGUGGCCCCGGCUCACACGUACAGAACCACUAUGUCCUCGAAGGUCUUUUCUCCAGGUAAAUUUGAGGAGAAAGAGGACCGCGUUCCCAAACUGGAGCAGCUGAACUCUCUGGGCUUCAUGUGCAGCCUCAACCUGGUCCUGAACAAAAAGGAUCUGAUCAAGAUGGAGCUUCUGCUGCUGGAGACUUUUGGCUGGAAUCUGUGCAUGCCCACACCUGCCCACUUCAUCGACUACUACCUCCACGCCUCGGUGCAGGAGGGCGACCUGUACAACGGCUGGCCACUGUCCUCCCUCUCCAAGACCAAGGCUUUCAUGGACAAAUACACUCACUACUUCCUGGAAGUGUCCUUGCAGGAUCAUGCCUUCCUGAGUUUCCGACCAUCUCAGGUUGCAGCUGCGUGUGUGGCGGCCUCUCGAAUUUGCCUUCAAAUAUCCCCGAGCUGGACGACUGCGCUGCAUCUGCUGACCGGCUACACCUGGGACCACCUGACCCAGUGCAUUGAACUGAUGCUGCUUGCUCAUGACAAUGACGUCAAGGAGGCCAACAAAAGCAAGCCCACGACGCCACACCAUCACCACCAUCACCCCUCCUCCCUGCAGUCGCAGGCCCAGACCUCUCACCUCUCCCCAGUGUCAGCCAUUCAGAGGCCGGCCUCCUCCUCGUCCUCCUCCUCCUGCUCGUCCUCCUCCAGCUCUUCAACACCACAGCUGCUCUUUCAGCCUGACGGCUUCCCGCACAUAUCCCAGCAUUCUCCCUCCCUGUCCCAGCUGCAGGCGCUCGCCGACUCCCAUGCUCUGGGUCCGGUGGUGAACGUGUCCCAGGACUUCCUUCAGAGCCACAGAGUGGGUUUACUCACCGGAGCUCCCUCCAUCACUGCGGGGAGCGGGUUCCCUUCCUACCCGAGCCUGACCUCCGGCCUCCAGCCUGUGAGUCGAGCGAUGCCGCUCCCGGGUCCUAUUUCCGUGCAGAUGGCUCUGGCAGGGGAGCCGCGGCACUGCCUCAGCAUGGCCUACAGCGGGGGCUACCUGGGCUCUCAUCACACCUUCGCUGCCGGCUGCUUUGACAGGUGACGCCAGGAGACGGAGAGAGAGAUCAAACCUUUGCGGGAGUGCAACAGCGUGCUUUCUUGCCAGCUCCCGUCCCUCAAACAUCCCCUCGCAGACCUCCUCUCUCUCUCCGUCGGCACAGCGACACCCUCAGCGGAUCCCACUCCUCGACCCCUGUCCCAGACGCGCCUCAAACGCAAGCAGAGGCCAAAAAGUAAGACGGACCCGGUGGAAGUCAUCACGCUGACGUGACAGGCGCUCCGCUGACUCAUGACACACUGAGGCGUCGCAAACAAACGUCGCGGCUCUGCCGCUGUGAACUGCUCCUGUGAACUGUCGUAGAUGGUCGUCACUGUGAAGGAGAUGGUGGUGUGAUCGCACACCGGCCUCAGUCAGUGCCUCUGCUCAGCCUCAUCACAGCUGAGCCAACACAAGGUUUCUGUGAUGACAACCUUUGCUGCUCACUUAGUUCAAUUUUUAAUCCAAAAAAAAAAUUAAAACAUUAACACGUCAUGGUAGAGAUCGGGCUGACGUAAUACUGAUGAGAAGAAUGAAGCCAAAAGACGACACACGUUUGAAAAUGUCUGCUCUGUCGUGUCCUCACCGUUGAUUCACUGUUUGCGUCUUCUCUGGGUAAAAAAAGAAAAAAACCUCACCACAUACAACCUCACAGCAGGUGGCGUUGAACACACGUGCACUGUUUUAGUUUUUCUCGGGACUCCUUCACCUCUCGUCUCGUCUCUCCUCUCCCUCCUCCAAAGUCCUGCCCUGUGGCGGAGCCCUCACACUGGGGGAAGACACGGCUCUCCUGUAGCUGCAGGUGUUUUUUUUUUUUUUAUUAUUCCCAGCGUCCACUGCUCACAGAAGCGAACACAAACAGAGGUGACUGGACCGGGAAGGGUGGAGGAGACAUGGACGUUGGUCGUGCAUUGUAAAUAUGAAUUGCUGCUGCCUUUUUCUUGACCUGUUGGUUCUGUGUCUGUGUUUAUUAUUGACUCCAAUGUUUACAUGAACCACUGAUUAUCAGGGACUUGAAGAAAAUUACUUGAAUAUGAUGCCAUUGAAACAUGCCAUAGCUUUUAUUUAUGAUGACUUCCUUUGUUUUACUUGUUUUGUUUCUUAUUAUGUUUUGAUAUAGCUUAGCUUUUUUUUCCCCCUUUUCCAACUUAUAAACACACCUUUGAUUAUAUUUUUUCUGUGUACCCGUUCACAUAAACUGUAUACUCCAGCUCAGGAUUUCGGGCUUAUACACAGCCUUUUUGAUUACUCUGUGCUGUAAUGCUUUAAAGCAGAUGCUAAUGCAGCAUCUGCGGGGUCUUAACUGCCACCCCGUCCUCAUCACUGGACCGUACCCUCCGUUCAUUCAGCUGCUGAGCUGUGAGCCAUGUCUGUGGUGGAACAACCCGGUGGUCACUGGUUUCACGCACAAACAUCUGUAGGCAGUCGUCUGUAAUUGCUCUCCAAAGCUGCGGCCCUGACUCGUCCACUUCCUGUUGAAGCGUAAACACAUCCAGAUUCCCACUGCUGGUGGUUGCCGUGGCGAUACCCUGAGUGAUCAUGGACCUCAGCUUCUGGAUGUUGUCGACUGAAAUGUUACUGUGGUUUGGCGGCAGCUGACUGACUGUUUAUUUUUUUGUUUUGUUUUUUUAACAUUAGUGACGUUACACGUGUUGGACAUCACCCUAUCAGUGUGUCGUGUCAGUUUCCUGCCACGUUUUUUUGCCCGUCUCCUGUGACCGCACUCACCUCAAACUGUUGCUAAAGCUGUGGUUUUUAGAACCAUGUCUUAAAGAAGACUGUCGGCUCCACGUGGACUUGGUUGAUGUUCAUAAACUUAGAGUUUUUGUUUUUCCUUGUUUUCUUGUCUGAUAUUUUAGUUCACAACAGAACAGCCUGCUGACGAUGGUCUUGUUGGGUGAACACAGGCUCCAGUUAGAAAUAUGAAAGACUUAGUUUGGAGGAAACGUCUGGAAACAGGGUCAAAUCCAUUGGAUUAAUUUACUAAACACUGAUCUUCAUCUGUGUUUUCACUGCACAGUUUUAAGUACCAGGAACUUUUUUUUUCAAGUAACACACAGUUUUAAAGCACAUUUAAUUACUCAAAUUGCAUGUCUGUCCUUGUCAGAAAAAAACACACAGUCCAAAAGUACCUGGACGUCAUCAUCAGUCCAUUAGUUGUUGUUGUUGGGGUUUUUUUUUAUCUUCCUGGAUAUAGUUCUGACUCAAAUAAUAACUACAGGUGAAAUCCGACUUUGACUCGUUUGUUUGUUGUUGUUUUACAUCCAACUUGUGUGGGCGGUGUUGAUAUAAAAUAGGCUGGAAACUGGAACCAAACUGUGACUUUUGGUCCAGAGGAAUCAUUUUCCUGUAUUUUCAUCCUAGAAAGUUCCAGAAUUAACCAACAGCCAUUUUAGUGAGACUUUACCGAACCAUACAUACACGUUUGGACCCAGCAGGUCGGGGUUUACCCACCGUCUGCCCCACAAACGUGUACGGAGUCACCGUCAUGACUUUGUCUCCAUCUGCUGUCGUGUUCCAGCUGUGAACCUUGAAUCCAUAAUUCAAGGCGUGUUCACCACUUUUCCCUCUGACGCACGUCUGAGUUACAACCACAACCACCACUCGGUGAUCAACCGUCACUGCGUUUUGCUGUUAGCAAUUAGCUAAUUGCUAAUUAGCGUGCUAAACCAGUUUUUCCCGUUAUAUCUAACAAACUGUGUCUUCUAAUUUGUUCACAGCUUGUUUUCUCUGCUUGUACUUCAAAUCUUCAUAGUCUUUUUUUAUUUUUUUAUUUUACUCAUAACUCAUGAGCAACUUCUCACUGAGGUGUCAAAGGUGCAAUAACUGUAGUUUCUUUUCCCCUCUUCCCUCGACCAUAGCCGUCACUGUCUGGUGCACACCACUGGUUCAUCUUUUUUUUCCUUUUUUUUUUAUAAUAACUUAUUUUUUAUAUAAUUGUGUGAACUGACUGACUGUAGUUUGGUUGUUUUCUUAGAGAGCAGUGGGCUCUGAACUCAUUAAAUAUGUUGCAUAUUGCAGCCACUUCUUGUGAGUGAUAGACUAUUACUGAAUGAUUUUUGUUUUAGUUUCACCCGUGUCACACCAAAAGGAAAACGUCUGAUGUUAACGUCCGACCAUGAAAUUAAACCGCAACAUUUCCGUUUUUUUUAUAUUCUUUUCUACCAAUUUGUAGUCUUGUUUUAUGUGACACUAAAUGAUAAAGGGAUUUUCUUUUCUUUUUUUAUCAUAAUGUGCCAUGACAAAAUAAACCACACAUGAAAU